GAGGUGGCCGCGAAGCGGCCACCGACUCACCACCACCUCUCAGGCGAGCGAAGCGAGCGAUUUCCUGGUCGCGCCGCGCGGGAAGAUGGCGAGACUGGCUUCAUUGAGUGGUCUCCCGGCAAAGCUCCUAACGGACCGAGCGCUAGGUCGCAGCCGAGCUCAGUGGGUGCAGCAAAGUAUACGUUCAGGCAACGAGAGCCAAGCGAUCCCACGCAGGAAAAUGCCGAACCACCCAGACGCGGACGGAGAAUUAUCUACGGGGCGGUAGUGCCGCUGAAAGGCAUUCUAUUCGAUGCGCCCAAUCUGCAUAAUGGUCAUGCGGGCCAGCAACGUGCAACAACACGCAAAGGAGGAGCAGGAUUCGAUCCUAAAUCUCCAGAGGUGCUCGAGGGGUUCGGGGAUAUGCUGCAGAGUUUGAAGGGCCUACAAAGACACGUAGCCGAAACAGCCUCCAACGCGCCAUCACAGCGAGCUCCUCCUAGCAGUACCGCCUCCGACCGACCGGACCGCCCACCGCCACUAGAAUCACCCGUCUCGAAGAUAGUCACAGACAUAUUCAAAGAAGCGCAGCGCCCACUCAAAGCGCCGCCACCUCCGGAGGAUAUCACACCACUAGAUCAAGAUCCCUGGGCGGAAAUGCUGGCGACUCCUGUACGGCUCUGUGCUGGCAGUGGAGCGAGAGUGCCGAGAGGCUUGAUGGCCGAGUGGAGUGUGGUGCAAGAUGAGGAGGGUGAUGGCAAUCUCUGGCUAUUGCCUGCCGGGUUGGCGGAUGUGGGUAAGUCGGAAAAGGAUGUGGCACUGAUAGAGGAAAAGAAGCGGAGGAAGGCUGCGAAGAAGGCGGCGAGCGGAGGGCACUUGAGACCUGGGUCGAGCGGGAGCAUGGACGCAGGCGAUGCUGUGGACGCCGUGGCAGAAGCCCAAGAAGAGAAUGGGGACUUCCAGUACGACGAACACAACGACGUGCAUCCGGCAUCGCCUCCUGACACCGACAUCAGCAACACCAGGAACUCUGUCCUCUCCUCUCAAUCUAGACACCUCUCAGCCACCAGAUCCCGACCCCUCGCCACCCACCUCGUCCCACACCUCAACCUCAUCCGCCAGCUGACAGUCGAACUCACCCUCAUUCCGCCCCCAAAAGCCAAAAAAGGCGCUUCGGCGUCGUCAACUACUAGCGACAACACUGCCCCACUACAGCAGGCCCAGCUGAAGACCCAACACUCCGCCAUUCGCAAUUUGCUGCCGACGCACCACAAGCAGAAGCUUGAUGCGCUUGGUCACUUUGAGCGAAUGCAUGGGACGGCGGCGGGCAAGAAAGGCGCAGCCAAGGACCAGUCAGCAGCGCCGCUGACUCAAAGCUCCGAGGAAGAAGACCAAGCUAUUGACGCUGGCGAUGACCUCGAUAAACAGCUCCGCGCGGACGAUGUAAGUGGCGUGCAAUGGGACCCCCUCAUCGCGGGGCGAAUGGUCACAAUCCUGCGCGAGCGAGUCAUCGAAGGGCUCAAGGUCGUCCUUCGGGAGCAUGUGAAGCAUGAGAGGGACGACUCCUCCGUGCAGAGGAUAGCUAUCAUCGAGGGCAGCCUGCGAUCCCCGUCCUCGUGGAGACCAUCCUUGCAGGACCUGAAGAAGGCUGGUCUUGUGCUUGGGCCCAGUCGAGCAGCGCUUAAUGACAACGCUAAGGACUCGCUCAAUGCGGCUUCUGCGUGGGAGGUGGGGAGCGGCUCAGCAGCAACGCCAACGACCGACAACAGGCCGCUCUUGUUGGGUUCCAAAGGCGAGAUCCACCCACGGCGGCCCCGGGUCAUGCUGCAUCUGGGCUCUUGGCCUUAUCAAGUGCUCCUCGAUUGGAGCCCGUCUGUGGCAGCUGCUCCCAUUCUCGUCGAGGAAGAAGCAGGCCACGACCAGCGCAGCAAGUCUCUGGCGGAGACGUCGGCAGCGAGGAGCUUAGUGCCGCCGAUGCUGGCGGGAUUGGGGCGGUCGAAACCGAAGGUGCCUUAUUUUCCGCUGCUACCGAUGUUGGGGGCGGACGGCUUGAUGCGGGUCAAGGCUGAAGUGCUUCGGCUGCUCGACCCCAAAUCAUCCCCCGCAGAGGUUGGUGGCGCUGGCGAUGACGGCAAGGGCGGUGGAGACGCUGCCUUCAGGAGGAAGCACUGCAUUGACAUCUUCCCUCCUAAAUGCGCCAACGGCGAUGGCGGGGGCUUCAGCUUCAGUGCUGGGCGCGAGUUGUCGGAGGCAGAGGCUCAGCUCGAACGUAUCCGCGCCCUUCUGACGACACCUCCGUCAUGCCCUGGCUCACACAACAAUCAUGUCCACAGCAGCGACGGCUUCAACAAUCUCACUACUGCUGCUGGCAACAGCGGCGACGACGACGACUCCCUCAUGUUCACCGAUCCCUUCUUUCCCACGCAGUCAGAAAAAGCCCCGACCACAACAGGUCCGUCACCGCCGCCAACGCACCCGGAGGAUAAAGAUAGCGAGAGCAUAACCCUCCUCCUCCGCGCCUCGACCCGCUAUCUGCCCCUCCUUCUCCCGCAUCUGUGGAUGCUCUGGCGGUAUGUGGGUGGGAGGAGGUGUCUGGAAUUGUGGGAGGAGGGGAUUGAUUGUGCUGAUGGGAGGGUUGUUGGGGAUCCGCGGGUUGAGGCGAUGGCUUCUCCGAAGGAGAACAAGGGAUGA